AUGGCUAUUCAUACCCUUGCCACCCGCGCCAUUCGCGGAGUCGUCACUCGGUUUUCCCCAGGAGGCUUGUACUCCUACACCCCGCUGUCGAACACGAAUUCCAGCUCCCCACCCUCGACGCCCGGCGGGGCGAAUCACACUGCGCACCCCAAGUCUUUCUUGGCGAAGCUGACCGCGUUUCUCAUCUUCCUGCUGCCCUCCUUCAUCCAGAGGAGGCUGAGGCCCGAUGAAUGGAAGGCUAGACGCCUGUACCCGACAUCCUGGCUCGACGGCCUGCGUGGCGUCGCCUCCUUCAUCGUCUUCAUAUGCCACUACACGGGACCGGAAGUGGGCUCGUACCUGGCUCGGCCGUACGGCAACCCGGCCGAGAACGACCGCGCCGGUUCCUCGCCGCUACAGCUCGCCUUCGUCCGCGUCAUAUACAGCGGAAAACCGAUGGUUCACAUCUUCUUCGUCAUCUCGGGCUUCGUUCUCUCGCUCAAGUCUCUGAAACAGGCCAGGAAGCACGACUACGACGGGCUGCAUCGCACGCUCUCGAGUAGCGUCUUCCGCCGCGGCUUUCGCCUGUUCCUCCCCACCACCGCCUCGACUUUUAUGAUUAUGAUCAUGAUCCGUCUCGGAUGGUUAGGAAAACCCCUGCCGACGCUAUGGGAGCAGCUGGUAGACUGGAAGAAUGCCUUGUGGCAGAUCACGUUUAGUUGGAAGUGGGAUAUUACUCAGCUCCUCCCGUACGACGUUCAUCUGUGGACCAUUCCUAUCGAGUUUUCCAACUCUCUGCUUCUGUUUGUCGUCCUGACGGGCGUGAGCCGGAUGAAGACCUACCUACGCCUGCCAACCGUUUUCGCUAUCAUGAUUUACUGCCUUAAGAGCGGCCGCUGGGCCGCCUUUGAAUUCCUCGGCGGCAUGGGGCUGGCCGAGAUUGGCCUCAUCCAGGACGCCCGCCGCGAGCGUUCUGCCGCUGUGGCGCACGUCAAAGAGGAGGAGGGUGUCGUCGCGCAAGUGGCCGGCGGUGCCCGCAGCCUCUCGUCGAGCUCCGUAGCAACACUAGCUUUCAAGACCUUUCUCGUCGGAAACCUCAUCUUUGCUCUGUUCGUCGCCGGGUGGCCGGACCAAGCCGGUGACAUUUCCCCGGGGUUAGCAGUACUGCACCGCAACACCAUGGAGCCCUAUUACAGUCUGGGCGGCGACCUGCUCUGUUUCUUCUGGUACGCCAUCGGCGCCGUCCAGAUCGUCUUCGCCUUGCAGCAAAUCAAGACCCUGCAGGACGUCUUCGUGACGGCUCCCGUGCAAUACCUCGCCGACAUCAGCUACGCUCUCUAUCUCGUCCACGGACCCGUCUUGGAUGUCUUUGCGCAUCGGUGGAUGCCCUACGUGUGGGCUCUCGUCGGCGGAAAAGAUGAGGCCGGUAUGUGGGGUCGCAUGGUGGCAUGGUUCAUAGGGUUCUUGCUCAUGGGAGUACCAACAAUCUGGGGCAGUGAUCUUUUCUGGCGGACGGUUGAUGUGAAGAGCGUCGAGUUGGCACGCUGGAUUGAGGCGGUUUGUGUACGAGAAGACUAA